CGUGGCCAUAAUAUCAAAAAAUCCCGACUAAAAUUCCAAAAUAAAAGAUAUCACGGGAUGAUAAUUUAGUUUGUUCUAUUAAUUUGUAUUGCCGCGGCAGGGUCCGCUCAAAUUUAAGGCUCAAUUUUAAAUUCGAGUUAAUGUGGUGCCAUACCACAGUCGCAAAGAUUUUCAACAAUCAAAAUAGUUUAAUAGUAAAAAAUGCGUCCGUGAGUGAGUAGUUUGGCGAAACAGCAUCGGAAGGAGAAACGGAAAACGGCGAAGGGCGUGCAAAGCAGAAGUAACGGUUCCUGGCGGCGUGUGUGCGAGUGUGUGUAAAAAUGUGCUUGGUGGACGACAAAAGAAACGGGAUGCGAUUGCAAGUGCGGAAUUAAAAUAAAAUUCACACGAAUUUAUGCGCCAUCCGCGUGUUUUUGCGAGUCCUGGGCCUUUGGAAAUUUGCAUCGUUGACGAGGCGGAAUGAAUCGAUGACUAUUUGCUGCUGAUACGGCCACAUCUGCCAGCUGUCUUGGUUCGCCUUCGCCCCUCUCGCUCGCUCAGUCGCGUUAUCCUGUGGAGCUCCAAUAAACAACAACAAAAACCAGAUUCCUUGCCCGAGGCUCGGCAUCCAAUUCAAACUCCAACCAGAUCCAACACGAACUUGGACUCGAACCGCAGCGAACUCCAACCGAAAGGCCUGCGCAGGAGUGAAAGAGAGAGGGCGAGAGAGACGGUGCGCGAACGGGCUCUCCGCCGGCAGUGGGAGUGGGAAAGGGAAGGUACGAGAGGCGGAAGUGGUGACAUCUGUUUUGCCGCUUUGUCAGUUGGCGGAUGCUGCUCCUGCCGAACACGAACGAACGCGAACGAGCACGAACGAACAAGGAGCGCAACGUGAACAAGUGUGGAAAUUGGAAUUUUUAUUCAAAACAAUGCCCCUGCUGCAACAGUACGACACCCCCGAUUGCUCCGGUUCUGGUGGCAACAUGCGAGCCCUGAGCGGAGGCUCCACAACGGAGUUGCUGCAGAAACACUCGAUAAGCUCCUACCUGGAUCACCACCAUCAGCAGCAGCAGCAACAGCAGCAUCACUUGCAACUGCAGCAACACCAACAGCAGCACAGUCUGUUGGAGAGAUGCAACGACGAUGGAUUGAUAUCUUUUAUAAACGAUCCAAUCACACUGAACGAUCUACUCGGCUUGUGCGGUGCCAGCACUGCCAAUGAAGUGGUCGGUACUGGCCAGACCCCCUCGACAUCAGCGCCGAUACUUGGAGCAGGAGGAGGCGGAAGAGCAAAUGGAGUUACAGCCGGCGCAGCAACGGCAACAGGAGUGGGAGUUGGAGCUGGAGGGACAUUACCUGGGCCAGGAGUUCCAUCGAUCCAGGGAGGUGGUGGAGGAGGAGUCGUGGGACAACAAACCAAUGCCUCGUGCAACACCUCAGCGGCUAACCCAUCAGCCAGCUUCGGUGGCAACGGCAGCAGCAGCGACGUCAAUAAUCUGCUGCUCGCCAGUGCUGCUGCCGCUGCCGCCGCGGCUGCCGGUGAUGGCGCUCAACUGUCCGCCAAUGCGGCAGCCUACGCUCCGCUGACGCCCAGCUCCACUCAUUCAUCGGCCUCGCCGGGCACAAAGUCCAAUUUUGACUACUUCCAGUUUGAAAAUGUUGCACAAAGUAACCCACUUAAGGCUUUCCAAAGAACAAACAUCAGCUUCGAUUGCUCUGCACCCUUAUCGCCAAGUACGCCUACAUCUAUUUACAAUCGCUCCUUUCACAGUUCACCUUUAGUCAGCGACAGCAGCAACUCGUCCAGCGGCAUUGGACUCUCCAUGGACUCCAUCAACAUGUUCUACAACCAGCAACAACAACAGCAACAGCCGGAGCAGCAAGGUUACACCAGUUUGGGCAACUCCAUGGGCAGCGGAUUGGGACUUAGUUUGGCAAACGCUUCCACGCGCUCGAACUCGCCAGAGAGUCAGAACAGCAGCAAUUCAACGACUGAACAAAAUCUACUGGACAUGAUUAAUUUGCUGUCUGUAAAUAGCAACAAAAUUCCACAUCAACAACAGCAACAACAACAGCAGCAGCAACAACAACAGCAGCAGCAACAACAGAAUCAGCAGCAAUUGCAGGUUCAGCAACAACAUCAGUUGCAGCAGCAGUUUGUUAACCUAAACAGGAACUACGAGCAACAGAUAUCUGCCAAUUUGGGUAGCCAACAACAUGGGUUCGAGCACAACGGCGUGGGUGUGGGUGCUUCUAGUAGCGGAAAUGAGAACUGCUUUAGCCAGUAUAAUCUAGAAAACAUCACCAGUGUGGACAUGGAGCUGGCCAAACUGCAGAAUUUGCAACGCAUCAACACGCUAAAGCUCCUGCAUGCCCAAGCUCAACAAAUGCCGCUGAUCAACCAGCUCCUGCAGAGCUAUGCCGGCAACGCCAUAGGCAGCGUCGGUGGAAGCAAUCUUGGUAACUUGAUGAGCGCAGGCGGAUCAUCACUGAUGACAGAAAUGGCGGGAAACGUUGGCGGCAUUAUAACCACCAACGAUGGCCACCUGGAUCGCGUAGCUAAGUUCUAUAAGAGUUCGGCUGCCCUGUGCGAUGCCACAUGCACAUGGAGUGGACACCUGCCGCCGCGUUCGCACCGUAUGCUCAACUAUUCUCCCAAGGUCUUCCUCGGCGGGAUUCCCUGGGAUAUUAGUGAGCAGUCGCUCAUCCAGAUCUUCAAGCCAUUUGGAUCUAUUAAAGUGGAGUGGCCCGGCAAGGAGCAGCAGGCGGCUCAGCCCAAGGGUUAUGUUUACAUAAUCUUUGAAUCGGACAAGCAGGUCAAGGCAUUACUUUCGGCCUGUGUGCUUCAGGUGGAUGAUUCUCACUGUGGUAGGAACUACUUCUUCAAAAUCUCUUCGCGGCGUAUUAAGUCCAAGGAUGUUGAAGUCAUUCCUUGGAUUAUCGCUGACUCCAAUUUUGUGCGAUCCAGCUCCCAGAAACUUGACCCAACGAAAACCGUGUUUGUGGGCGCACUGCAUGGAAAACUGACUGCCGAGGGCUUGGGAAAUAUAAUGGAUGAUCUUUUCGACGGCGUGCUGUAUGCUGGUAUAGAUACGGACAAGUACAAGUACCCGAUCGGAUCGGGACGUGUGACAUUUAGCAACUUUCGCUCCUAUAUGAAAGCUGUUUCGGCCGCCUUUAUCGAGAUUAGGACCACGAAGUUCACCAAGAAGGUGCAGGUGGAUCCCUACUUGGAGGAUGCCCUAUGUUCCAUAUGCGGUGUGCAGCACGGUCCCUACUAUUGUAGGGAAUUAUCGUGCUUCCGAUACUUCUGCCGCAGCUGCUGGCAAUGGCAGCACAGCUGUGACAUCGUCAAAAAUCACAAGCCCUUGACUCGCAACUCCAAGUCGCAGAGCCUGGUUGGCAUCGGACCAUCUUCGUCGAAUGUUUCGUUACCCUUCUCUGGCCAACGAAGUAUCAGGGACAACAGAAUGGGGAACGGUCAGCAUCAACAGCACCAGCAGCAUCAGUACCAACAGCAGAAACACCGUCAGCUGCAAGAAUACUCGCAGCCCCACAGUCUCAACGUGAUGGGAAACUCAGGAGCUGCCAAUGCCGCUGCUACAUCAAUGGUAACUCUUCAGCAGCGGCAAAUUCACAAGGUGCGAAUACAGCGUCAACAGCAUCAGGCGAUCUAGACUGUUACGGCUUUUAUCCACACCGUUUUAACGGAUGUUUCCGCAAUAUAAUGUGUGAGACUUUGGACUUGUAGGCGACGUAGAAAUAUGGCGGAGAUAGUUUUCUUGCAGCCGAUGGAGACCCGGGCUCAUCAUCGUCAUUAUCAUUGUAAACACAGUUUUAUUGAUGUGUAUAUAAUAUCGGUACAAUAUGAAGCUUACACUUUGAGUUUCAUUUAAGAUAAUUAUUGUUAGACGACUCCCCCAAAAACGAACACCCUCGAAUCGAAACAGAAGAGAGACCCCCAUUCAUACUAUUUUUUGAUAAUCAUGCUUACAUAUCAGCAUUUGGAGCUGGCAUUCGAAUGCUAAAUGAAUGAUACAUGAAAUGAGCAAUUUCAUUUACUCAUACCCCUCAUACAAAUACUACUCAAGUUACUUUUUGGCUAAGAAAGCAGUUAUUAAUUUCUAAUUUGUAUGUUUAAUUUUAAGGAAACGAAACCGCGCGGCAAAUGGCUACUUGAAAUGUCUCGACCAAUUUGCCGCGCUGCGAGAUUAGAAACACCAUUUUUGUUAUGUUUUGUGCUAUUACUGAGGAAUUUUAUGUAGUUUCUUUUUACAUAGCCAAGCCCCCGACUCGAGUUAAUAUGAUAUUAUAUUAUUUGGAUUGUCCGCUAAGCGUUUAUCAGGAAUUUCAAUUUUUAAGAAAACAUUUUAAAAAUUGUAAAUUCGUUUAACUCACCAGUCUCCCUUUUUUGUUUUUCAUUGAAUUGUUACACACAUGAGUUAUUAUAAAUAUACUGUUUAGUUUAUUUUUUGUUUUGGAUUAGCUUUAAGCAUUAUCCUUGUGAACAUUAACGCGAUGCCUGAUUGAUUGUUGAACUAUGUUUUAAGCAUUUAUCAUUCUUUGGCUUUUUUGGCUGUUCCAGUUUUAUAGCUCAUGGGCAAUAAGCAUAUAAUUUAUGUCUACUUUAUUUUUCAUGUAUUUUGAGAAAGGAUCUCUCUAGCGCUUAUCUAUAGAAAACACACAUAUGUAUGUAUACAAAAAUAUUACAUAGUGUACAUUACAAGGCUUUAUAUAAUUUAAAACUUGAUAAGUUUGUAAACCUACACAGAAUAGGAAAAAAAUACUUAAGUCUAUAUCUUAAACACGAAUUGAUCACUAAACGAUAAAAUAACGCACACACACCUAUUCACCAACCAAACAAAUAUACAAAAUCGCUAUUGAAUUCGCCUUGGUUUCAUUUGGCAUUUCCUAAUCCAAGCUCAACCCAACUAAACACUAACCUGCGCUUCCCAUGCUAAUUGUUAGUCUUAAGAAUUAAACGAAGUUAAUAUACUUAGUCGAAUAUCAAAAGUUAAAUUCAGACGAAUUUAAGCAUAAAAACAAUCAAAUUACUUUACCAAGCAACUGAAAUACUCCAAAAAACCAAAAAGCAACCAAUGUAAUCGAGUAGUUCAGACUUUACGAAACUAACGCUGCGGGUGUUAUGUGACAUUUUAACGCAUCACUAAUCUCUAGGCAUAAAUUGUUUUUAGCAUUAUCUCAAACAUCACACUUUCACACAGGCAUUACGAUGAACCUACAGGGAUUUUAUGGUAGUCUUCGAAAGAAUCAAAUACGAAACCAAGUAAUAAUAAACAAUAAUUGAAUGGAGAGUGUUAGCACAGAUGGCUAGACAGCUGCAGACUAGUUGAAUUUGUUUAGUUAUUGAUAUAGAUUUGCGAGAAUAAGCAAUUUUUUAAUUAACCGAUACGAGAACUGUGGAUUGAUUGCGGGUCUAGGGUAAACAUGGAUGCCUCUUAGUGUAACGGUUUCUGUUGUAGCGCCUACCUAGCUUAGUUUUCUUUGGCCUGGCCAGGCCAGAAAAUCCCCGAGAAACUCUGGCCAGCAGCUGGUCGGUGUAUAAGUAGCAAUAUACCCAAACCCACAAGUGCUGGACAAGUGCAUUGUUACUAACCAUUUACCAUUUACCAUUUACCUAGCUAUACUCACAUACAUAUUGCCUUCGAUUAGGAGAGAGGAAAGAGGAGAACCCAAGCAAAUCACCCACUUAAAUCGCUUUAAUGCCAACCACAAAUCAAAAUGCUUAUUGACUACUUUUAACGCAAAUGAAUGUACUGUAUAUUCCACAUCCUUUGCCUACCAAGCGAAAUCAGCCUGGAAAUAAGUAUAGAUCAUAGAUUGUAAAUGGAUAUCAGCAGGGGUCAAAAUAAGCUCCAUAGAUCCCAAUAUGAACCACAUAUAUUUUAAAGACAAGUUAUGAAUGAUGGGGAAAUAUCUUAACCUAAGCUAGUAAAGCUGUAUAGAUUAUACAGAUAAAAUGGUGCUUUAGCUGAAUUAUUAGUAAUCGUAAGACUUACCUUGAUAGGGAAAACAUAAAUGCUCCAACUGCAACAGCAAAAGAGGACCUUAUUUCACUUCUCACUCAUUGGAUAGAUUCACAUUUUUUAGCCUUAAUGUUUAUUAGGUGGGUGUUGAUAAAGCAGUAACAUUAUUUUAUUGAUAGAACCAGCAAAACGUUUAAAACCUAUUUGGAAACAAAGUGUUUUUAGCUCGCAAAAAUCAUGCUCACACAUUUCAAAUGCAUACAUACAUACAUACAUACACUAAAAUACCUACACUAGCACACAAAUAUAAAUACACACACACGCGUACACAUUCGUGAACAAUUUUAAAUAACUAUAAAAUUUACCAUAUUUUUAUUAAGCAAACAAAUGAACAAAUGAAGAUACGCCCAAACAGGGCGACUUUUAAAUGGAACUUUUUAAGGCUAUUUCGGCAAGAAUUAAUUGGCGACCCAAUCUCGAUCGUAUGUUACACAGUUUUACUUUAACGUUUUUAACGCUUUUACAAGCUUAAGAGCCAAAGAUAACGUGAAUUUUAAAUUAACACAUGCAUGUGUGAGGCAAACAGUUUUAAACUUUUCCAUACUGGCUUUUCGAUUUAUUUAAAAUUAUAGUUUUUUUCCUAUCGAAAUAAACUAAAACUAAAGAGCAGAUUAGGGAGAUUAAACAAAUGUAUCAAAGAUUAAAUCCAAUAUGUGAAGAAACACAAGAAAAUAAAGUUUAAACGAAAUGUAAAGGAACCAAAAUCGAACGCUUCCCACGCAAAACCGAUAAUAUUAAAUUUUAGCAAAGUAAAAAAAAACAAAAAUGGAACAUUAAGAAAAUAUGCAAAGCGAACUUAGGUAACAAUAUAUAUAUAAAAAUAAUUAACAAUCCAAAUCCAAAUACAUAUAUUUCAAAAAAAUAAACAUAUUUUACCGACGCAAGUCAUCUGAUUAUCCAAACGUCUACUUUUAAGCCAUUCUACACUAUACAGAGUAAUUAUUUUUAAACUCAGCUAAGGUGCAAAUCAAUGAUGAGGAAGUUCUAUCGAUGGAAUAUCUUUACUUAUGCCGAUAUCUUUAGCACGCAUUAACUAACCUAUUCUGUACUCUAAACUAACUCCAUACUACUCGUAUUCGAAACCCUAUACCAGAUAUUUUUACUAUCGUAUUACUGAUGUACUGUCAACUGUAUUCAAAGACACAAGCGAACAUGUGAGACACAUUUUGGGGGAACAUUAGCAAGAACUUUGCAAAUUGAAUUUUAAACCAACAAUAUUUGCCCGGCAAAUAUGUUAAAAUUAAGCGUAAACCUAGCGAGUAAGCAUAAGAAUGCAAUAAGAACGGUUUUUAAAAAGACUAUUAUACAACCUAUAUAUAUAUACACCAAUGAAUAUUAAAUAAUAAUUCAGAACGGAAUACUAAGCUUUUAAUGCAAUAAUCAAAUACCACAUAUAUACUAUAUACAUACACUUACAUAUAAAUAUAUAUUUUAAUAAUUACUUGCGGGGCAACCGAAUUGAGUUAAGAGCCCUGAAUUCGUAUACUGUUAUAGCAGAGGAUGAGAGUAAAGGAUAUUUAGAAGAAUAUUUAGUAACGGCCCUCGUCCUUUCGCCCAAUAUAAAGGGGUUGGCGGGGGUUCGACUAAUUGAUUUUCCCACCUUAUAUAGGAAUAUAAACAAAAAUUACUGCAGUGCCAUUUUAAAUAGCUUCCGAUAAGAAUAAAUAUAUACAUAAAUAUAUAAAGCAAGACGUAAAUUGGUACAUAAAGACCUAAUACAGUUGGUUAUUAGUUUUUGGAGGCACCUAAAAAAGUCCAGACUUCUUUUUUAUGGGUAAACCGUACACCAUAUCGAGGGAUUACAGCAUAUACAGUAUACCCAACAUGGAAGAUUGUACAGUUUUACUGUAGAAAAGAGUUGGAACAAAUAUUUUGUAGCCGAUCCUUUAACUUUGGCCACUGUUCAUGCAAUAUAAAUACAUACAAAUAUAAAUAUAUAUACCUAUUUAUGUACUAAAUAAUUAUUAUAUAUUGUUAUGAGCAAGAGUUCAAAUUGCAUUAUGGUUAUAAAGAAUACAGACAGAUACACAACUAUAAAAGCAAAUGGAACAAAGUUGAACAUAUUUUGAGUGCAUGAACUCUUUUUGGGAACUUUUUGAGGCUUUUUUUUUUUGUAAGUGAAGCGAACAAACUUCAAUCGAAUAUCCAAUGAUACUAAUAACAAUAACAAAAGUAUAUAACUCAUGUAGCUAGGUAUAUUAUCGAAAAUUAAUAAAUCCCAAAAAUAUCUAUAUCAAAAUAACAUGAAUUUUAAUGAACCCCGUUACAUAAACAGCAAACAUAAAGGCUAAAAAUAAAAUGAUAAACACCACUUCAUUCAUACUUCGUACAUCUAAAGAGCUUACCAAUGGAAGCAGUCAAGCAGAGCAAACUAAAAACGAUAAUAACUAAAAAAGUAAUUGUUAAUAUUUAUGCGCUUGCGACGGCACACAAACACAAGCAAAUAAACUAUGUACAAUGAAAAUAUAUUUACUAACAAAUGUUAUUUUUAACCAAAGCCAUAGAGGUCAGAUCUUGGGCUCCUGCCCGACCAACUGAUCUGGUCCCUCAUGUAAUCUAUAAAUCCAAAUAUUUAAAUUGAAACCAUGCAUAACAAGUAUUAUAUCAGACAUAUGAGUAUUUUAAAUAUGCCUAAGACACAUUGUAUACAAUGACUGCUAAACCGACAAAACAAAUCGUUCUCGUGAACGACAAAUAAUACGAAUAACUCUGGUAAAUGAACCCUCGCCAGAGGGCUGACAAUAUAUGUACAUUAAGUUAAACAUUCUGCUGGCUAAGAAGGGAAUUAACAAUACACAAACUGACAUAUACAUGUAUGGGAAUCUAAAAACACACAAUAAAAGAAAUAACAGAUAAUAAAGGACACACAGACC